GGUAGUUCCAGCCCGAGGGGGUACACGCAACCAGAAACUCCAACCUCGUGCUGGUAGCUUUCGGAUCCGGUCGUUCAGUUACAGCUCAGCUUCGUCCCUUGCUUGACACACCAAUCUGAUAGCUUGCUCUUUGGCUCAUGUUUGGGUAUGCCCACCCAAUUCAUCACCCACUGCACUACUGGUGGUGACUUAACUUCCCUUGUGCGCUCGGCAGUCGGUCUGCAUCCGUGGUGUGGCUUGUUCAUUUGGUGAUAUGUUUGGCAAUGUGACGCUGGAAAUUGUGAUUGCGUUAGCGAAAUUUUCCCCGGGCGUUAUUUUUUCCUCCGUUCGCGGAAUGUCCUUAUUCACGGUAAAUUUACAUAGUAAUCGUUGCGCUCGCGAGUGAUUUUCAAGUGUGGGGAAAGCAUCAUGCGGCAUCAGCUGGUUGCCUACGUUAAGGGGAUUGUCUCAAAGCGAUAAAGUGUGUAAUCCCUGCAGAGGAAACUGAAAUUGCUUAUAAUGCAGAAUAAUGUAAAAAGUUUGGAAAUACGGCAUUGAGCAAGGCGACACAAUUAUUGCUCAGUGCAUACAUUACAAAAGAGUGCAAAAAUCGCAACGGUCUGAUAGUGUGAGUGUCGUGUGCUAAUGCGAUGGGAAAAGGAGUAAAGCUUUAAGUUACCGUGUACUUGAAGCAGUAGUGAGAUUAGUUCAAGAUUAUCUCGAGUCCUAACUUCGCCCAGUCUGGCAAGCGAUACCGGUACCCCGUCGGGAAUGGCACGGAUAGCGGAGGACAGUGAUUUCGAAGCACUGAAACGGCUGGUGGAUGAUCACGAGGGGUGGACGUUGGAGCUUUCGAAAUCCGACACACAGGUGUACACGCGUCCGGUGGCCGGAUGCAACUUCAACAUGGUGAAAAUUCACACCGAGUUCGCUGAUGUAACGGCGGAUAUCCUGUUCGACGUGCUGCACGAUCCGGAUUACCGGAAAGUCUGGGACUCACACAUGUUGGCGAGUGAGGAAAUUGGCAUUCUCAACGUGAACAAUGACGUCGGAUACUAUGCAAUGUCCUGCCCUCCCCCGCUGAAACCCAGGGAUUUCGUCCUGCAGAGAUCUUGGCUGGACACCGGUCCCCUCGGAGAGCAAAUGCUUCUAUCCCGUUCGGUGCCGCAUAAAAUGUAUCCUCCCAAAAAGGGAUACGUUAGGGCAAUGUCCUACAUUACUGGGUUCGUGCUGAGAACCAAUGAAAACUCAAAGACUGGCUGCAUACUGAAAUAUGUGGCGCACUGUGAUCCCCAGGGAACGCUUCCUCCGUGGCUGGUGAACAAAGUAACGCACACCCUGGGCCCUCGGAUGGUCAAGGACCUGAAGAAAGCGGCAUUGGGGUACAUAGGCUGGAAGCAGACCCAACCGCAUCUGCGGAAACCGUGGCGCUUCCCGGAGGAGAUCAGCGGACCGAGAAUAUCGAUAGAAGACUGUUUGGACACAGUUGUAGUGCCGGUUCCUCGCAUGCUUCCACAAACUCCAACCACGCAGCCAACGGCCAACGGAAAAGUAACGACAGGGCAAGUAGUGAGGUCUCCCAAAGUGAUGACGCCAACCACACCGCAAAACAUCCCAACUACAAUUGCCAGCAGCUCGAGCAGCGUCAACGGUAAAAAAGAAGAAAAGAAAGAGAGGAAAUUCUUCGAACGGAAAGCGAAAGUAGACACCAAAUUGAAUGCAAGCAAUACAAACGGAUGCAGUAGCCCAAACAUGAGCAAUAAAAAGGAAGAGAAAAAAGUCAAAAAGGAAAGCAAAGACGAUAGCAGUGUGAAGGAGAAAAACAAAGUCGACGGCGGACUCAAAAAGCGAAGAUCCUUGCUGAGCUUGAAGUUUUAGAUAGUCAUUAUAAUCCAAUUCUUUAGCUAUGCGAUACUGAAAAAGGAACGUCUACGCACACGAGGUGUGUAAAAUGACUAGUGAACGAGAUGUAUGACUCUGUUUUGAACGAUUCAGAUGGUUACAAUUUUACCAGUACACACAAAUCAAUCAUAUCAAGAAAUAGAAAUACCGUCUGAUAUGUUUUACCAUUCGUAAAAACGUCAACUUAACCGUUUUUAUGCAAACCGUACCUAAAACCAGCUGAAAAAAUAAAUAAAUCCGUUUACGGCUUAUUCGCGUUCGCAUAGAAUUGUCUUUAAAAUAAUUUUCCGAAUCGUAAAAAAUGCGAUUACUCUUGUGCAUAGCAAAUUUGUAUAUAAAACUGUUAUCAGAAACUAUUUGUUAGUGUUGAAAUAUAUAGUUGAUGUAGUAUUCAGAAAUUGGGAAACAACUUCCAUUUUUUACAUUUUUUAUCAAUACGAGAUAUCUGUUUCAACAGACAGUUUAACAUAA